AGAGUCUGAGGGAUGAGGCCUCACAUUCCCUCCCUAGUCUUCAGCAGGCCCGUCCUAGCUUGUGACUGUACCAGAAUUUCCAUGGGGUAAUUCUUAGGUGCUUUUUGUGUGUUUAGUAAGUUAACUCCAUAGCUUCUUUAGAGGUAAAGAAUUAUGAAUCCUAAAGAAUUUGUUGUCAGCACAAUGCCAUAGAGGCAUGGAAGAGAAGAGCAGUUGCCCUGAUUAUAAUUCUUAGGACACCCAGAUUGUUAGCUUUUGAAAUGGAAAUCAGCAUCAUAAACCUCAGCCAGACAACUGAGCAGAGUUCUUAAGAUUUUUUACUUCAUUUGCAGCAUUUUUGCUUGUCCAGUUUUUGUCAUUUGUACUUGAAUACCGGCAGGAGGCUGAAGCCUGGUACAUGUUCCUCUCUGACUCUCCACGGUCAGUCCUUUUCCAGGUGAGAUUUCAGGCUCUGUUCGCUUCUCAAGCAUAUCAGAAGACGGGUACUAAAGCUUGAGACAGGCAGCUGGGAGUAGGGAAGGCAUGGUCUGUUAUGAGCUAAUUUUACCCAGCAUAUUUGCCUAUAAAAACUGAUUUUUAGCAGCCUUCAUUUUGUACAAUAGAGAUAAGAAUGGUCAUAACCACUGAGUUCGCAUGGUGAGUUUUGUAAGGUAAGUUGCUAUAUAAAUCCCAGGAAAUAAUAGUGUUGAUUCACUUUGUAAAGUAUCUGGUCUUUCUUCAGUAGACAUUUGGGCAUCGUGCUGUGAGCUGUGGAUGCUAUUGAGAUGGUGAUGACCUUCCCUCCCCUCAAAGAGCCAGUAGUCCCAGCAGAAGAGAACGGCUUGUGGAGUACUAAUGCCUCAGGAAUGCUGGAAAUUAAUUCCAGUGGAGAUAAGGAGCAGGGAAGAAUCAUGGGGUGGGGAGGGGGAGAGGAGGGCGGGACCUGCAGUGAAGAAGGGGAGAUUGAGCCGGGCUUGACCUGCGGUGUGUGAACCCCUGCCCCCAGAGCUGCAGAGCUGCAGGUUCAGAAGAUGCAGCGCCACUUGCACCUGCUGUCUGUUUGCAGUACGUGGCUCACCAGGAAUAUCCUUCUGGGGGUGUCCCGUGGCUUUCAUCAGGUGUGCCCUGUCUCUUGAGGACAGUCUCAGUCCACUGAUGCUUCAGUUGUUCUGUGACACAGAUGUUAAACAAAGGAGCCACUGGUGGAUUGAUGAGCUGUGGAACAUUCAGAUUGUUUUCAGAGUUGGCUUUUUACAUGCCGAGUUUAUCUGGAGAUAAAGACUUGAUUUUUACUCAAAGAUUGUUUUCAAGGCAGAUGGUAUUCUGACUGCUUUCAGCAGGACCUUGCAAAGCUAGGUCCCAUUCAGAUGACCCCAAUAAAGAUGUGUUGUGCCCAUUUUCUCUUAGAAAGACUUUGUUAAAAUGCAGAUCUUGAUUGAAUAGGUUUGAGGCCUGAGAUUCUGCAUUUCUAACAAGCUCCUGGGUGAUGCCAGUGCCCCCUGUCCUUGGACCACACUUGAGGAGCCCUGAUAGGGGUUUGCUUGCGGACUCAUAGCUGCCUGUAGUUCUCACAGCAGCCUCUAGAUGUCCCCGUCGUCCAUGAGAUUUUGCUGCCAGAGUUAAGCAGCAGCCGCCCAGCCCUGAGAAGGCAGUGUUAGCAACUUACUGAAACUAGAGGCUUGUCUAAAAACCAGUGUUUGGAUUCAUUGUUUCUAUGUGGGACUGACUCUGGUGACAAAAAUGUUUACCUCUAAUCUUUGAGGAAAAAUUGUCUUCUUGAAAUUAAGUGGUUUGUCCAACAACUUCCCUGCUACCUAUUUUAUUUACCAUGAAAUGCUAAAUCCACAUUGAAACAUCCCAGAAAUGAGCAGUGAGCCCUCCAUGGAAGUUACAAGUAGAGGAUUAUUUCCAUAGUCUUAAAACUUGGGUUUCUAAAAGAAACUAGUGUUAAGCUAAUAAUUUUAUCACCAUAAAUUCACCUAUAAACUUCACUAGUAUAAAUAAAACCAUCCAAGCCUCCUGGUAGACAUCCAGAGCCGCCUCCAGGGCGAGGCACAUAAGAUAAUAGGAGUUAACGGGGUAACUGAAUUAGCUCCUUAACCCUCACAGCAUCCCUAGGGAGUGACUGUUUUAUUAUGCCUAUUUUAUAGGUGGGGAAACUGAGGCCUGGGGCAGUUAAGUAACAUCCAAGGUCACACACAAAAUGGUAGGGGCCAGUGAGUUAAUCACUAUACUAGAUAACCAUUCAUGCCCAAACUACAUUUACUGAAUGAGUUAAUGUUUUCAAUUUCCAAAUAGGCAUAACGGCACAUUCCUUGUUAACUAUCCUCUGAAGGGCUUCAUGCGCUUGAUUGCACAUGCAGCACAGGUGUACUGGCCACUGCUCCCUGGAAGGUUUGGGUUCUAUUUUGCCAUCAUGCUGAGUGGCUAAGACAUACAGUAUACAGAUACGACUUUACUUUUCAAUUUAACUCUCGUAGUAUCCUAACUAAGGAGCUCGUCUGAUUUCUGUAGCUGUUUGAACGAAAGGCAGGAGUGAAUUUGAUGAGCUGUUGAGGGAGGAUUAGACCUGGCAGAUAACAGAUGAAUCCAUUUGCCUGUGGCAUUUGUGACACAUGCUACUGGAAUUCACCUUACUAUCUGAGCCCGACCUCAAAGCCACUGAGCCUCUGACAAUCAAGUCCUAUGAUCUCUAGACCCCAGAAACUCAGGUGAUUUUGGAAAAUCUGUUAAACUCUUCUGAAAUCUAACAGCCUUGUUGCGAGCUCCUGCUGUGGAGAAGGGAGCCCCGAGGAAGGAGGCCCUCAGGUCUUUGGCCACUGGUGUCUGAGAAGCUGCUCAGUCACAAGCACUUGAAAGCUGCAAACACAGUCAAGAAGGUGCACACACUACUUAGCCGAACUUCUUUUUAGUGAGAGAUGAUUACCUUAACGUGAGACCUUAUGAUUUUCCCGUGACUUGGAGUUUCCAAAACCCAAAUAUCACCAGACUGGAGUCCAACAGCUUCCUCUUGCUGUUGGUAGACUCCCAGCUGUGGAAACCUGCUCGUUGCUUAAUGCUGUGUUUCAUUUCCCUGUGGAGAGGCGCCAGGCCCGUUCUUCUCAGGGCCUCAUCCCCACUCCGCUGACUUCACUCGGCCGGCUCCCCUGGCCAACUCGCGCUCCUGGGGGAGAUGGCUGCCUGCUUUCCUAACAGCUUGGUAGGAAGUUGAUCUGUAGAUACGGGGCAGGGCACAAAUGAGUGCCCUUAUUUGGUAGGCCUCAGAUGGGCCACCAGAGCUGCCCGAAAGCACUAGCAGGGUGAUUGACAGUGGCCGUGUCAUAGCCUGACUUCACCUUCUUUGCAACCACAGUCACCCCGGAACAGCCUGCUGUCAGGAAGCGAGCCCUGGUUGGUAGGCAGCGCCCGCAUCGGCCUGGGGAUGCUCCCCAGGGCCCCAGCCUGGGUUUCGGUUCCCUGCGAGCGCUGGGCCGGCUCUGGGUCAAGUGGGAGACGAGCUCAGCCCGCCUGCGGUUCCCGUGGCAACGCCAGUCCCGGGCCGACCCGGGCCGCGGCAGUGCCGGCGCCCACCCCGGGCUUGGAAGAGCCGGGCCGGCCAUGCUUCGCUGUCCGCGGAGCCCGCUCCGCCUCCGCCUCUGCCUCUGCGUCCUGCUGCUGCUGCUGCUGCUGCUGCCGGGCGCGCCGGGACACCGCGGCGACGCGGAGCCGGGGCCGGGGGCCGAGAAGACGGGCUCCAGAUGGGCCUGGCCGGCCUUCCAGGGCCUGCAGGAGCGGCUGAGAGCGGCCGGGGCCCUCUCCAGACGGUACUGGGCGCUCUUCAGCUGCCGCGUGUGGCCCGAGCACUGCGAGGAGGACGAGGAGGCGCCGGCAGGGCCCCUGGCCUGGGGCCGUGCCCUGCUGGGCCAGCAGUACCUGGAUAUCCUGACCACGUGGUACUGCAGCUUCCAGGAUUGCUGUGACAGUGGGGACUGCAGGAUCUCCAACAACUUCACAGGCCUAAAAUCUGACCUGAGUGUGCGACUGCAUGGCCAGCAUCUGGCCCAGGAGCUGGUCCUGAGAACAGUGAGGGGAUAUUUAGAGCUGCCCCGGCCAGAGAAGGCCCUGGUUCUGUCAUUCCACGGCUGGUCUGGCACAGGCAAGAACUUCGUGGCAAGGAUGCUGGCAGAGAACCUCUACCGGGACGGACUGAGGAGCGACUGUGUGAAGGUGUUCAUCGCCAUGUUCCACUUUCCUCACCCCACAUCUGUGGACUUGUACAAGGAGCAGCUGACAGGCCAGAUCAGGAAGACGCAGGAGCGCUGCCACCAGACCCUGUUCAUUUUCGAUGAGGCCGAGAAGCUGCACCCAGGACUGCUGGAGGCCCUCAGGCCACACCUCGGCCGCCAGGCCCCCGAGAACCACAGGGCCCAGUCCCCGAGAAGCAUCUUUCUUUUUCUCAGUAACCUGGGGGGCAGUGUCAUCAACGAGGUGGUCCUGCGUCUGCUUAAGGCUGGGCGGCCGCGGGAAGACGUGGCGCUGGGAGACUUGCAGCCCCGCCUCCGGGCCGCGGUGGGCGAGGCCCCAGACAGUGGCUUUGGCCACAGCUGUCUUGUGAAGGAAAACCUGAUUGACUUCUUCGUCCCCUUCCUGCCACUGGAGUACCGGCACGUGAGGCUGUGUGCACGCGAUGCUUUCCUGAGCCAGAAGCUCCUGUAUACAGAAGAGCUGCUGGAUGAAAUUGCCAAGAUGAUGGUGUAUGUCCCCAAGGAGGAACAACUCUUCUCUUCUCAGGGAUGCAAAUCUAUUUCCCAGAGAAUUAACUAUUUUCUGCCUUAAGACCUUGAUGAACACUUCCUGAAGCUGCCUUCCUUCCACCAGCAGGACCCUGGGGCCUGCCAGCACGCCGUCUGGGACUGUAAGGGGUGGGAGGGGCAGGCUGGCAUCCAGCAGUCACUAACUAACACACAGUGGUAUGUAAAAGGAAGGCCUUAAAUCAGAAGCAGAGCCAAUUCUUAAAAUCCCUUGGUGCCUUAAAGAGCCAUGUCCCAAAAUGUGGGCCAGGUGGUUGGAGGAAGCCACGUGGGAAAUAAACAAAUCCCAGGGCACAUCGGCAUCUCCGCUCUGGCCUGCAGAUGCCUGGACUUGGGUGUUAGGCCUGAAGCUGCAGGAACCUCGGUGACAAGGAAGGGAAAAAUGAAGUUCUGCUUACCAGUGGCAGGGAGUCCACCUCGGCUGUGAAGGCGGGGUGGCUCAGCUUUCAAGUUGUUAUUCCCAGAGGGAAGCUGAGUAGCUUCUGGGAGCAGAAGAUCAGCAGAGAGCCUCAGGCUAAGGGGAAAAGUGCACAAAGGAAGAAUUAAAAAAAUAAAAAAUCAUGUCAGGGUAGGCUAAGACUUGGGGUCUGCUCUGCAGAUUUAAAAAAAAAAAAUUUAAGUUAGGGGCCUUGACAUGACUGACAUAUGUAAAGAUUAAAAUUCGUAUUUUUCUAAAACUCUCAGCCUACUUUCGUACUGAGACCUAGUAAUUGUGCUCACUCAGCAAAAUUCCAAAUGCCAGGCAAGACCGAUGGGGACUGGUGGAGACCAGGGCAGACGCUGGCACUCAGAGCUGACAGGGUGACUGCCUGGCCUGCCAAUUUACUUCAUUUGCUCUGAGAUCACAUCAGCUGAGCUGGGUUAUUUCAACCUCUACUGAAGAGGCUUCCAGAGCAUAUUGCUCUUAUAUAUGAAAACGUCACUCCUGUGCUUCCAGCUUGAAAAAGAAAAAGUCAUUUUUAAGGAUUGAAUGGCUACAUGUACAUUGUGCCUCUAGGUACACAGGAGGCGCGCAGAAUGUGUUUUUCCCCUUCUCUUGGUUCUUCCCUCCUACCACACUUCUGGAAUUACACACAGGGUCUUUUCUCUUAUAGCUGUCAUCACCUCGUGUCCCCGUAUUCAAAGCCCUCCCCAGCCCUCUCACCAUUAGCUCUGGUAAAAUGGACACUUCCAUCUCUCCCCCAUGUAACACUUGAUUGCACUCAUUUACACAAAUCACUACCUCAAGGUUGGAGAGUACCUAGCCCGAGCCACAUCAGAUACCCAACAAAUACUCAGAUGAAUUAAAGGAACUUAGUUUCACAGCACUCCUGGGACAAAAGUAAGCUUGGUCUAACUGCACAAUAAAAUGAAGCUAGUUUUAGCUUCUGGCUCACUGUCUCAGUCCAGAGCAUCUCGGGAAGACUAGGCAGGCCAUCCAAUCCCAUGACAUACCCAGCUCCACCCUCUGUAAAUACACUCUUUACAAGGUACGUUCUAUAUCCUUAGGUCUCAUAGCCACAGAACAGCUGACAUCCUUCUAACACUGGGAGCAUGUCUGAUGACAUAAACAUAGGGUCUGAACCUCUUACAUCUCGCGAACCAAGACAAGCAGCAGAACGUGAUGGUCCAAAACACUGCUCUGGAGCUAGACUGCCCGGCUGGGGUGCCAUGGCUCGGCCCCCUACCACCGAGACCACGGGAAAGCUAUCAACCUCAGCUGACACUUGGUUUCCACUUUUGUGAAACUGUACUUACCUCACAGGGUUGUGAAGAUUAAGUGAGUUAAUCUUUAUAAAGUACUCAGGACACACAGCUUCAGGUGUUUAAUAAUAAAACAAUAAUCUAGUAAAACUGCUGUCAGCUUUGGCACCAUACUAAAAGCCAAGGCUGGGCUGUUCCCUCCUUCUGGCUCCUGGAAUCCUGGUUGGCUGAGGGUUGUUUUAGGUAACAGUUGGGAACUUACUACGUGCCACGCCCUGUGCUGAGCACUUUAUAGCCGUUAUCUCCUGUAAUCUUGAACACUACCAUGUAGGUACCCAUUUCAUCAUCAUUUAAUAAAUGAGAAAACGGCUCUGAGAGGCUC